AUGGCCUCUGCUGAAUACACAAGCGACUCGGGCUCAGAGUACACGGAAUACUGGAUCGACUGGUUUUUGGGCAACCGCGGCAACGAAUACUUCUGCGACGUGGACGUGGAAUACAUCACCGACAGGUUUAAUCUGACCGGACUGAACCAAUACGUUGACCGAAUUUCGCUGCUUGUGGACAUAAUCACAGACAGAACGCAAAUCAGCGAAAACGAGUCGGAACAGACCCGUGCAAGACUGGAGGAUAAUGCUAAAUUCAUGUACGCUUUGAUACACGCCCGCUAUAUCAUCACCCAAAGAGGACUUAGUAAGAUGAUGGAAAAAUACAAAAACGCCGAUUUCGGUUACUGCCCUCGUGUUUUCUGCAAGUUGACGCCGCUGCUGCCCGUUGGACUGAGCGAUAGCCCAAAAGUGGCUUCUGUCAAGUUGUACUGUCCAAAUUGCGAGGAUAUCUACAACCCAAAGUCGUCCAGACACUCGUCGUUGGACGGAGCAUUUUUUGGCACGUCAUUCCCAGCCAUGUUUUUCCAGGCUUAUCCAGAGCUGCUUCCCAGCCACAGCGUCGACAUAUACACCCCAAAGAUCUUUGGUUUCCACAUACACGAUUACGCCAAACUCACAAGAUGGAGACAAUUGCAGAAAGACAAGCUGGUCGCUCGUCUGGACGAGCAGGGCAUUGGCCACGACCGGAACACAAGAGGAGGCUUUGUGGAAUCCCAGAAAGACCAGGACGAGGCGUUCAAGAAAAGCCGUAUGUAG